GACACUAGUCAGUUCUGGUAGAGAAGUGUUCUCUGCCUGGGGCGUUGCUUGCCUCCCGAGCACACAUGUCCUUCACUGGUGGACCCAGCCCCCACGAAGUGGAGCACUUCACUGUAGUCGUCACCACUACUGCCUGCUGGAGCACUUCACUGUAGUCGUCACCACUACUGCCUGCUGGAGCACUUCACUGUAGUCGUCACCACUACUGCCUGCUGGAGCACUUCACUGUAGUCGUCACCACUACAGCCUGCUGGGGCAUUUCACUGUAGUCGUCACCACUACAGCCUGCUGGGGCAUUUCACUGUAGUCGUCACCACUACAGCCUGCUGGGGCAUUUCACUGUAGUCUUCACCACUACUGCCUGCUGGAGCACUUCACUGUAGUCUUCACCACUACUGCCUGCUGGAGCACUUCACUGUAGUCUUCACCACUACUGCCUGCUGGAGCACUUCACUGUAGUCGUCACCACUACUGCCUGCUGGAGCACUUCACUGUAGUCGUCACCACUACAGCCUGCUGGGGCAUUUCACUGUAGUCUUCACCACUACUGCCUGCUGGAGCACUUCACUGUAGUCGUCACCACUACAGCCUGCUGGAGCAUUUCACUUCACUACAACUGGAACUACAAUUACACUUCUCUACCACCUCCGCCUGCUGGAACGAACACAUCUAGUGUAGUCUCUAUCAGCAGCUGUUGCUGGAGCAGGCUUACCCCUGUCCCCUCCCUGCAGGAGCGGGACUCUACCACCCCCUUGCUGGAAUUGGCUACAACACCUCCUCUCUGCUGUUGCACGCCUCCACCAACCCAUGCUAGAGCAGGCCUCCAUCCCUCUCUUCCUACUGGAGCAGGUGACAGGACAGGCGAGGGUCGAGGGAUCACGUCAGCAUCAUGAAGGGUUGGCUGGCUGUAGUGACUGUGUUGCUAGCGAUGACCACGAUGGCCUCUGGCCGCCACAGGCUGAAGACAGACUUCGCCGCCUGGAGAGUAGCCGAUGCCAACAAAGGCAUUGGCUACAAGGAGAGGACCUCUGCUGCACAAGAUUAUGGCUACAUUUGGAAGGCAUCCCAUGCAGGCAAAGACUACGGUGGCAAUAGGAGGGAAGCCCAAGACUACAAUGCUAGGAUGAACGUAGCCCAAACACUGAAGCGUUACAUGUUUGGUGUUCCUGUGAAGUACCCUGAGUUAAAACUAGCUCCCAGGAAACCUCAAGUUACCUAGUUCUUAAGUGAAGUACAAGAUAUAAUGAACCCUGCUACUUGCUGCUUGUUGGACCCUGCUGCUUGCUGGGUGACACUACUUCCUGUUCUUCGACCCUAGAGAUGUGACACCACACCUUGGGUUCUUCGUCCGAAAUUUUGGUUUUAAUAUACUUACACUUGUAUAAUAAUAAUAAUAAUAAUAAUAAUAAUAAUAAUAAUAAUAAUAAUAAUAAUAAUAAUAAUAA